AUUCAAUAGAAUUGUGGGGUGAGUAAUAUUCUUCUAUACCAUUUGGUGAUACCUUUUGGAGUCCAAAUGAAUGAGUCAACAUCUCAAGAGGAACUCAGACCUGCUCAGGAAAAUGGAAAAGAAGACAAAGAGAGGAAAUGGAACUUAACUGAAGUGAAAGAGCUUCAUGAGACUUUACAGAGUGUGCCAGAUGUUCCUGUAAAAGAGGCCACCAACAAUGUGGUGGAGAAAGCAACAGAUGAAAUGAAAUCCCAAGAAUUAAACCUGGAGGGGCAGCGAAAAAUUUCACCUGGUUCAAUAAAGGACUCUAAAACUGAAGCCUCAGGUAAUAUUGCAAUUAGAAAAUCUGCAAAAGUGAUUUUUGCUUUAGAUGAAACUGAACUGAAAUCAAAGCUAGAGCACACAUGGAAGAAAAACCUUUUUGAAAGAAUGGAGGCAAGAGCCCAAGCAAUGCAGCAGAAAAUAAUAGAUAAGGAAAAUCUGAAGAAGGAACUAGAAAAAAAGGCUGAAAAAAAACUCCCUAGGGAUAAUUUGGCCAAAGAGUGGUUUAAUACUGAAAGCAUGACACUGAAUAAUCGUGCAUAUUUGCUUGACAAACUUCUACCCACCUUAGUUCCUGGAGUAGAAAACAUGUUAACUCAAGUAGAAAAGAUGAAGGUUUUGACAGAAGCUGAUACUCCAAGCAAGUUUGACCCAAUUAAUUAUUUGGGGGAAUAUUUAAUGAGAAACAAUCCCAAUUAUAUCAAAGACCCAGGAAUGUCUGGUUACCAGAGGGUGAUGAAAGAAGUCACAGAAGACCUGAAGAUAUAUGUUCCUGACACUAUCUGCAACAGAGUAUCCAAGAUGAAGGAGAAUGUUAAACAGAAUAGAAAACAAAGAGAAAGCAUAGACAAAAUCAAAGUCAAGGUGGCCAACACACGGAAACAGGCUCUGCAGGAGCAAUUCGAUGAAUGGAUUCUAGACCCUAAAGGAAUGAUUCCUAAGUCAGUGAUUCAGAAUGUUCUUCAUGAAUUCUUUCAAAAUCCAGAUUUCAAGCUUGGAUCACACUGCAAACAACUGGAUAUUACUGACUCAACAGAACCAAGAUUGAACAAAAUGGAAUUUACAGAAUACAUCUCUUCACAUAUUAAAGACUUGAAGAGUGAAAUGUUUGAGGAACUCCUUAAGCACCUUUGCCACUCUGCAGAUGAAUUCCGGGAGGUCAUAAAAGCUGACAUGCGGAGGCAGAUGUUCGCUAAACUCUUCCUACAUUGUGACCAUGGGAAGGUAGGGUUUUUGGAUCGGCAGAGGACAUUGGCCCUGCUGGAAUUGUUCUAUGACCAUAGUUCACAAAUGCUUAGGAGUUUACUUCGAAACCCACGACAAUGGCCAUUCAUUGAAUUUGAAGAGAUAAACUUGACUGAGUUGUGGGGAGACAUGGAUAAUCAGAAACACAUUUAUGAAGGUUUUGACAAAGUGCUCUUGGAGAUGAAUACAUUACUUUCUGCAAAACAUGCUAGCAAAACCCAAAGUAAAUUAUUAGAAAGUCCAGAUCAACCUAAACUCGAUGAACAGAGAACAUCAACACCACCACCAAACCCGCCAGAACAGCGGAGAGGAGGAACUGCAGAACAAGGACCACAAAGAAUUUCAACUGAAGAACAAGAACAAGGCAAAAAGCCAACUGCAGAACAAGAACUGUACAUAGAAUCAGUAAUAGAACCAGGAACACACACAGAGUCAACUCUAGAACAAGGGUCAAGUAGAGGGUUACUAACAGGACAAGAAACACACAGACAGUCAACUACAGAACAAGGACAGCACAAAAGGUCAAUAGAAGGACAAGGACCACGCAUAGUGUCAGUUUCAGAACAAGGAUCAAGCAGAGAGUCAGUUGCAGAACAAGGGUCACGCAGAAUGUCAGCUGCAGAAGAGGGAUCACUCAGAGAGUCAAUAAUAGAAGAACCAUACCAAAAAUCAGAACAAGGACGUUAUGGAGAGAUAAUUUCAGAAGAGCAAGAAGACAUAGGCUCAACUUCACAAUCGAGAAAAGAUAGUAUAUUAAAAACUACAAAAUAUGGGGAAUCAAUACCCUCUGAGUACAUUGAAGUCCCUCUACAGGAAAAGAGGUCUUGGGAACAAACAUAUGAAAAGGAAAUAUUCCUGAGUUCUGAACUGCAAAAGGAAGUUCCAACGUUAAGUAGAAAAGAUCACUUUUCAGAAACUACAAAAAAGGAAGUUCAGAAAGACAAGUCCUGUGAACCCAAGUCCCAAAAAAUAGAAGGAAAGUCAUGGUCAGGUGAAUUUUUUACUUGUAACUGGAAAAUGAAGUAUGUCACAUUUGAAGAUGAGGAACAGGCAAACUUAAUCUAUGGUAACUCCAGGUUCACAGAUUUACACUCAAUUAUCAGAAAUAUUCAGUCUUGCAAGGAGGUAAAAGGCAGAACUGCCUUCAAUGGAGUUUCAUUCAAUCUGCUCCAGUUUGUGCAACUCCUGGAGACAUUUGUUGGUGAAGACGCUCCCUUGAGUGUCAGCGAGACUCUCACCUCCUUUUUUAAGGAGGGCUAUGUUGAAACAGAACAAGAGAAAAUGAAUGCCUUAGAACAGUUUAGCCAAAAUGCUUUCCAAGUCCGACAGAGGCUUCUCCUAGAAGCCAUCUUUCAGAAGUGGGACAGUGAUGGCUCAGGCUUCCUGGAUCUGAAGGAAGUUGAUGAACUCUUGUACACAUACAAGGAGGGAAUGGAAAAAGAAUCUAUGAAGAAAGCUAAACUACACAUCCAAUUUCCAAAGCCACACCCUGGUCAAGAAGUGAGAUUGUCUUCAAAACAAUUUCAGAAUUACAUGGAAUUGGUUGUGUCUGAACUCAGAGGCAAUGAAGACCAAGUGCUGGAAAGUGUUGUGGAAUUUCUGAUGAAUGCUUUAGAGAGGAGCCACAUUGAGAGUCUGAGGAAUUGUGCCAGGCGGAAGUGGCUGCGCCAAAUCCAACGUGCUGCAGAGACAAGUGGGGUCUCCCUAGAGCCGGUGUAUAGUGAGACCUUUAAGGCCCUCACACAGGAUGCUGAAGCCCAUGGAAAUAAAAAGAUCAGUGCUCACAUUUCCCUCUUAGAAGAAAACCUACUACUGCCUGAGAAAGGGAAUGUUCUAUUGAGGAAUGUGGCUUGUACCUUAGAUGAUGCUCUAUUUGUACUGAACAGAGUGCUCUACAGGGACAUGAAAGGAAUCAGCUUUACAGUAGUGGAUGAAGGGAAGCCAAUCCAUGUUCCCCAAGUUCAGUACCAUGGGAACAUCUUCUUCUGGAACCAGUCCCGUAAUAAGAAUGAUUAUAAUGGGUCACUCCUGGCUCUGCCUCUUCAAGAUGCAUAUAUGAGGAUCUUUGGGGUCUUGGCUGUUGAUACCCUUAGAGAUCCCCAAAAAAUAAACAUCUUUCUACCUCAUGAGAUCAGAUUCUAUCAGGGGGUUGCUAAUGCCUUUAGCACUGCCUAUCACUACGUCCACAGCCGGGAGCACAUUCUGCAUAUUGUGAUCACUGGCAUCGGCUGGCUCUAUGACGUCACAUCCAGCAUCACCUCCAUCACUACGUACUUUGUAGAGCCUAGCCCAGCCCAGGACUCAGACUAUGUUUUACGCAAAAUGAUGGUUACAGGACAGCUGGGUCUAACAGAAAUCCACAAAAAUCCUCCUACCAUCCACAGGAAGUCAUGCAUCUUCAGAGAUUUCCUCUUUAAAUGUACUGACAGUUCAGAAGUCGUUCUGGCCUCUGCCUGUGGAGAAACGCACAUAGUAGUUCCACUUCGUGAGAGAACAGGAGAGGCUCUGGGAGUCCUUGAUUUUAACAUCGGCCAAAAUAGAAUGUUGUUGUGUCAACAAUAUAAAGAUCUACAGAAAAUGAUGAAAGUGGUCCAAGUGGCCUGCUAUGAAAUACUUGGCGAGUUCUCUGGAGAGAUAGACAAAAAGUAUAUCUUAGAGAUUGAAAACGUCGGGGAAGUCCAGCGGGCAGGAAUUCUCUUCUUCCGAAUCAUGCUGCUCGAGCUACAGGAAAGCAUCCAACUACUCAGUUCCAUGGAAUUUGUGUCAUUGUUGCUCUAUGACCAUACUCUUCUAACAGAGCCAAAUUCUCCUCAAGACAGCAAAUCUAUGGAGUUGGAAGCUAACGUGAAACUAGUGCGUGACGUCCUGAAGGCGGUUAUCUUGUUCUUUCAUCCAGAGUUGGAAUUUUCAAGUGACUUUGGAAGUUGGGAUAAGUGUAAAUUUUAUGUUAACAAAUAUUUAGUCAACAAUAUUUGUGCCUUUGAUCCAACUGCCAAGCAUGUGGAAGUUAAUGUACAGCUUAUUGAUGAAUAUAUCAGAGGUCAUUCCCGAACCGAAGUAUGGAAAUUUAGUAAUGUUGUCAUUGAACAUCUGUACCACUGGAUACACAUCUGUUCAGCUCUCACGAAGAUAACCAAACAACUAAAUAGUGCUAUCACACCUCCGUUGCCCUCCAAGACUGACAAUUAUAUGUAUGCAGAAGUGCCAGGGCAAGGUUUGCAAGAGAAGUGAUAAUGGAUGAUAAAGGAAUUGAUACUGUAUUUAGGAUCCCUUGUUCAUGUUCAGUUUUGUUUGUUAACUAUAAAAUAUUUUCCAUUGGAAAGGGGUACCUAUAAAUGUCUUCUGCUGCUAACAUUUAUCUCAGCACUUUCUAAAUCCAAAAGUGCUACCUAAGAAGAAAUUUAGCCACAAAAUACCCAGCUAAGGUAGCCAUAGCCAAGUGUAUUUAAGUAUGUUAUAGAAUAUAUUUGAAAGCUUCCUUUCAGUUUGAGCUUUGUAUCUGCUGUGGAACUGUUAUGGUUGAUUGGGUAGUUAUUUUUCAUUCUUAUAUGGUUCAAAGUAACAACUGAGGAUUUAGAAAACAAGAAUACCAAAUAGAAUACCAAAUAAUAAAGAUAAACCAAAAGAAUACCAAAUAAUAAAGACUUUUAAGAAAUGGA